AUGGAUUUCUCCAAAUUCCAAGCUUUUGGCAAGAAUGUCUCAGCCACUUUUACUCCCUUCGCAGCGCGCACUCAGCAAUAUGUUAAAGAGCGUCUCGGCCAAUCCGAAGAUAAAACUCAGCUCCCGCCUGAUUAUAUAGAGUUGGAGAAGAGGGUUGAUGCUUUGAAGAAGGUGCAUCAGAAGAUGUUGGCUGUGACGGCGACUUUCAAUCAGGAGGGGUAUGAUUAUCCGCAGAAUUUGAGUGAAUCGUUCAACGAUCUUGGUCGCACUGUUUCUGAGAAAGUUCACCUCCUCUCCUCUGCUACAUCCCCCGCCGAAGCUCAAGCUGCUCUUACAGCUCCUCCAUCUGCAAAACCUCAACCAAAAACCUUUAACCAUGCAAUCGCUCGUGCAUCUUUAGCAUCUAGCCAGAUCCUUCAACAACAAAAUACUUCUGGAAAUGAAGAUCCUUUAGCUACCGCUCUUGAGAAAUACGCUCUUGCAGAGGAACGAGUUGGAGAAGCAAGACUCGCACAAGAUAGUCAAAUUCAAAGUCGUUUCCUUGCAGGUUGGUCUACAACAUUAAAUACUAAUUUAAUGUUUGCGACUCGUGCUAGAAAGAGUGUUGAGAAUUCAAGAUUAUUGCUUGAUGCUGCAAAAGCAAAGGCUAAGAGUUCAAAAUGGCAUUUACCGGGUCAAGCUGCUCCUCAACAUGAUGGAAAUGAUGAUGAGAUGCUGAGUGAAGAAGCUAGAGUUGAGAUUGAGCAAGCAGAGGAUGAGUUUGUUGGACAAACUGAAGAAGCUGUUGGUGUUAUGAAGAAUGUCCUCGAUACCCCUGAACCCCUCCGAAACCUUGCCGAUCUUAUUGCUGCCCAACUUGAAUUUCAUAAGAAGGCAUAUGAAAUUCUUAGUGAACUUGCCCCGGUCAUUGAUGGUCUUCAAGUUGAACAAGAAGCUAGCUAUCGAAAGAAUCGUGAUGGUGGAAGUGCUUAG